UCACUUGUGAAAAGGAAAAUAUACUAAAGAUUUUGAUACUAUUGUUUCGCUCUAAAUACGCAACUGUCGUAUAAAGUGUCUAGGCUAGGCUCACUCCAUCUGAGAAUCAGACAGACACAAUUCUUAUCGUUUUAUGACCUUGACAACAGAUUUGAACAGUUUGUUGAUUUAGAUUCGCUUAGUAUUGUUCUACAUUUGAGUGUGUGUCCAUGUGACUCUUGUCAUUAAUAGCAAAUAUUUUUUGUGAUUGUGAUAAAAAAAUUAUGUUUACAAUUGUUUUAAACUGACGACAUUUACAAUGGAUAAUACCACUGGCCGGUUACGAUUUUAGUUGGAGGAAAAAUAAAAACCGCGGCAAAUUUGAACAGAAAGUGCAUCAGAUAUAAAAUUUAUUUAGUCAAAUUGGCAACUAUUUCAUUAAAUAUAAAUAAAAUCUCAUCUUUUUAUAUUUUUGAAGAUGAAGAUAACUGGGGUUUUAAGAAAUAUAGUAACGAAUCCUUUAGUGAGCCGGUCUGAAAGAGAGGUUGUCAUAAAAGCACCAUGGGGUAAUAUUGCAGCACUGUCAUGGGGAGACCCCAGCAACCCCCCGGUCUGCUUGGUUCACGGGAAACUGGACGCCUGUUCUUCCUUCCGUCCCCUCGUGACGUCACUCCCCGACUCCUACUUCUACGUGUCCAUAGACCUCCCGGGGAAUGGCCUGUCCGACCACCUGCCUAAAGGCGUGAGGUACACUGUGAUGGACUUAGUUCCAAGUCUGUUUGAGGUCAAAAAACAUUUCAAGUGGGGCCAGUUCGCGUUCGUUGGUCAUUCUCUUGGAGUACUCAUUGGCAAAUAUUUCAACUUGGCGUAUCCGGGCCAAAUCAGCAAAGCUGUGGAGCUGGACCCUAUACCCGCGUACUUCUCGUGGGAGAUCGAGAACCUCGGCAAGUGGUACAAGUACUACUACGAGAGGUUCUACGGAGAAAUGUACCCCAAGUGGAACGGCGGGAAGGACACGGCACCAACGUAUACUUACGAAAAGGUGCAGGAGAUGUUGAUGAAGUCCCGCGAGUUGUCUAAGGAAGCCGUCUCGCAUGUCCUCGAGAGAUCUCUGGAGCCAGCCGGCGACGGCCUUUAUAGAAUAACGUACGACCAACGGAUGAAAUUCGUCACGACGCCUCAAAUAUCAAGCGCGUACCUUCAGAAGGUUUACACAGGCCCUAAAACGCCAACAUUUGUCAUAUUGGCUAAGAACUCUUUAGACGAAGGAUUCUUCGACGCAGUAUCUUUCAUCAAAGACCCCAAAUGUUGGCCAAAUAACAAUUUUAAGUUAAAAGUUGUCGAAGGAAAUCAUGACGUCCAUAUAGAAUACCCGGGUCGCAUAGCGAAAGAGAUUGAGCAUUUUCUAAAAGGCUUUGUGGACGACUGGUCAAAAAUGAAGGAAGUGACCGAGUGGACGAUUGAUGUGGUUGGACUUAAAAUAGCGAUGCUAAGCUGGGGCUCCCGCGGCGCCCCCGGGGUGCUCCUGCUGCACGGGCACGGAGACUCCGCGGCCACCUUCGCGCCGCUGCUCGCCCUGCUGCCUGGAGGGUUCCACUAUGUCGGCUUCGACUUCCCAGGUCACGGCAAGUCUGACUUCCUCCCGGCCGGGCCGCUGCCUACCCACUCCCUCUUCCUGGAGGUCAUCAGGAAGGUGCUGCAGCAUUUGGAGUGGGAGACCUUCAUGUGCAUCAGCCAUUCCAUGGGAGGAGCAUUGGCCAUCUUGUUCCACCGCCUGCGGCCGGGGCUGACCCGGCUGGUCUGCCUGGACCCGCUGUACGGGCUGUUGCGCUACUCCGGCAUGACGGAGCACCACAGCAAAUAUCUUACCAUCUUGUUCCAUCGCCUGCGGCCGGGGCUGACCCGGCUGGUCUGCCUGGACCCGCUGUACGGGCUGCUGCGCUACUCCGGCAUGACGGAGCACCACAGCAAGUUCGUCAGUCUCAUGUUCUACGAGCGGUACUACGACACGCUCUACCGCAAUUUCAGCGAGCCGAAGAUAUCAACGUACGAGGAAGCGCUUGAGUCAGUGAUGCGCACGCGCAAGCUGACGCGGGAGCGAGCCGAACUCAUUCUGUCCAGGAACCUCACUCCCGCCGGCGAAGGUCUUUACAAGCUGUCUCCCCAGAAGGCGGCCUUCCAGACGGCGCACAUCCCAGUCACCUUCGACCUCCUGGAACAGAUCCUGAGCGACGUCUCCCUGCCCCUGCUCAUCUUCCACACCACCCAGGCUUUGUCCCUCUACAACCAGAUCCAGUGUUCCUCGCAGUCUGUCUGCCUGUUCGACCACAGCACCAGGAAGUAUAAGGUGGUCUGCGUGGACGGCAGCCACGACCACCACCUGCUGAAGCCUGAAGACUUCGUGGAUCAUAUUGUUGACUUUUUAAAUACUUGUUCAUCGAAGAUUUGA